CCCACCUCCCCGGUGCAAGCGGGCGCUCCGGCCCUCCUCGGCGGUUCCUGGGGCCGGGCGGCAGGUGCCCGGGCGGCGACCUCGCCGCGAGGCUGCUGGCACGCCCAGCGCCGGGGAGGCGGAGCCGAGCCGGGAGCCGCGGCGCUCGGUGGCCUCGGUAGGUGGCUGGGGGCCCGCCCGCCGCAUUCGGACCGCGAGGACUCGGCGGCGGAGGAACGUCGGGCGGGGAGGAAGCGCGCGCGCUGCGCCCCCACCUUGUGGAAGCGCCUGGGGUAAGCGCGGUGUUGCUCAAGCCGCUGGGAAAACCCGCAAGAUCGGAGUUGCAAAGGACGCGUGAGUGAGUGUGUGCCUCUCCGAAUUGCUAACGGCUUCAGCUCAAAUCGUUUCAGUUCUCUAAAACAAGAGCAUGGAGGGAGAAAACUUGCUGGGCCCUUUAGUGACCAGGCAGUGACCUCACGUUGACUCUCUGUGUGAGGAUGGUGGAACUGGACUUUGAAGUGUUGAUUGCUAAUAGCCAUUUUAAGGAAUUACUACACAUGGGACACCAUCUUCUCCCCGCAUCACGUUGUUGAAGGGUAUAAACACAUUAGAAAAGCAGAUGACUGCUUUGUUGGCCUAAAAAUGAAAGCAGGGCUUCUAUGUCAGAAAAAUGGCAAGUAUGUCGUCGUUGUCCUCACACCGGCCUCCUUGACUCAGUCACACACACCUUUAGAGUUUGCUGCCCCUGCGAUACAGGAAGAUGGAGUCUGAGUGUGGGCAGCCUGCCGCGGGGGAGAGGAAUGUCUCCAAAAUCCCAAACCGCGGACUCUCACUUAUUCACACGGCAUUCUGGUAUGCCAGGAACCGAAAGUAAGAUUACUGAAGGCAGUAAAACUGAAAUAAAAUAGGAAGAUCAUCAGCCAAGAAAGCCCGACUAGAGAAAGCAGAGAAUGGAAAAUAAAGGGAAGCAGUGUUUUAUCAUAUGUAUUUCAGCCAGCCUUCUGAAAUCUAACUAAAAAUAUGACUGCUCUUUCUUCAGAGAACUGCUCUUUUCAGUACCAGCUACACCAAGCAAAUCAGCCCCUAAAUGCCAACUGUUUGCUGCUAUUGAUUAUACUUGGGAAAAUAUUACUAAAUAUCCUCACACUAGCAAUGAAAAGAAAAAACACCUAUCAAACUUUUAUGGCGUAUUUUUGCAUUUCAUUGGCAUUCACUGAUCUUCUACUUUUGGUGAACAUUUCCCUUAUAUCGUAUUUCAGAGAUUUUGUACUUUUAGGCGUUAGGUUUACUACAUACCACAUCUGCCUAUUUACUCAAAUUAUUUCUUUUACUUACGGCUUUUUGCAUUAUCCAGUUUUCCUGAUAGCUUGUAUAGAUUAUUACUUCAAUUUCUCUAAUACCACCAAGCUUCCAUUUAAGUGGCAAAAAUUAUUUUAUUUUUUUAUAAUAAUUUUAAUUUGGAUUUCAGUCCUUGCUUAUGUUUUAGGAGAUCCAACCAUCUACCAAAGCCUGAAGACACAGAACGUCUCUUCUCAUCAAUGUCCUUUCUACAUUAGCUUUCAGAGUUACUGGCUGUCAUUUUCCAUGGUGAUUAUCUUAUUUAUAGCUUUUAUAACCUCUUGGUCAGAAGUUACUACCUUGAUACAGGCUAUGAGGAUAACGUCCUAUAUGAAUGAGACUAUCUUAUAUUUUCCCUAUUCAUCCCACUCUAGUUAUACUGUGAACUCUAAAAAGACACUCUUGCCCAAGUUCAUUAUCUGUUUUCUUGGUACCUGGUUACCAUUUGUACUACUUCAAGUAAUUAUCCUUUUACUUAAAGUACAGAUUCCAGCGUAUAUUGAGAUGAACAUUCCGUGGUUGUACUUUGUCAAUAGUUUUCUCAUUGCUACAGUUUAUUGGUUUAAUUGUCACAAGCUUAAUUUGCAAGAUAUUGCAUUACCUGUGGAUCCAUUUGUCAACUGGAAAUGCUGCUUCAUUCCACUUACAAUUCAUAAUCUUGAGCAAACUGAAAAGCCUCUAUCAACAAUUUGUUAAUAUGUUGCCGUAUUAAAACAUUAAAACUUAACAACUACAAUAAGAAUCAUAAUUUUAUGAACAGGAAAGGAUGACGACUCAGGACACACAAGGAAUGAACUGAACUGAAGCUUUCACCCUGCCUAACUUUCAUACCUUUUCUGAAUGUGUUUUGAGACUAUGAUAUUAUUAUUAUUUUAAACAAAAUAAUUACAAGAAAAUUUUUAUACCUAUUCAGGAACACUGCAUGUUAAAAAUAUUAAUUUGUAACACAAAAGUGAAAUGAGCUAACCUUUGGCCAUACUGAUAUUCGUGUUACCCAAAAAAACUACUGGAUGCAAACUGCUAUGUAACCCUCAGAUUCAAUGCCAACUUUAAGAUAUGAACUUUAAUAAACAUUUUUAUUAAAUUCAGAGCAAGAAAA